GUAUAUAGUCUGACUAUAGUAUACAUAUACAUAGACGUGUGAAUGUCAUCAAUUGUCAGCCGGUCACUUUUAUCAUUAAAAUCUUCAAUCAAGCAAUUUCACUGUACAUCCAGAAGAAUGUCCAAGAGUGCUCUUGUGAUUGUGGCACCAGGUGCCGAAGAGAUGGAGGCUGUAAUUGCUAUUGAUGUCUUGCGGCGCAGUGAGGUCAAAGUUACUGUUGCCGGAUUGGUAGCUGGACCUAUAAAAUGCUCAAGGGAUGUCCAAGUUCUUCCUGAUGUGACUCUCGAUAAAGUUCUUGGAAAUGAAUAUGAUGCCGUUGUCUUGCCCGGAGGUUUAGGUGGAUCAAAGGCCCUUGCAGAAUCCAAAGAAGUAGGGGAGCUUCUUAAGCGUCAAGAGGGCAAUAAUAAACUAAUUGCAGCAAUUUGUGCUGGUCCAACUGCUCUUCUGGCACAUUCAAUUGGCGUGGGGAAAAGCAUCACAUCCUAUCCCAGUGUAAAGGAUCAACUGACAAGCACCUACAAGUACGUCGACGAUAAAACCUGUGUUAUGGAUGGUCAAUUGAUUACGAGCCGUGGUCCGGGAACUGCCUUUGAAUUUGCUCUAAAAAUUGCGGAACAACUCGCAGGAGCUGAGAAGGCUAAUGCCGUGGCCAAGGGGAUGCUUUUGUAAAUAUUUGUGGACCAAAAAUCGAAAUAAAAAUUGAAAAGAAUCUGCAUUGUUGAAAA